AUGGACCCAUCCAGGCGGAACCACCUCGGCGUGCACAUGCCCCGCGACCCUUCGCCAGUGCCACCCUAUGAUCUGCCCAUCUCGCCAGGCGGGUACAUGUCACCGCCGGGCGCGCGAAGCGCGCUGUCCCCCCUUCCCCCACCCCGCAACUCUGUUCCACCUUCUCCCUACGCGUCCACCCCUCCAAGGUACGCGCCGUUGCCACCGUCUGCGCCGUCUACGAUGGCACCCUCCACCUUUGCUCCGACACAGGUGUCACGCUCGUCGUCCGUGCUUCCCCAUUUUGAGGCGGCCCUCGCUAGAGCCCGCGGUGAGACGCCACCUGUCCCCCCACCUAUCACCUCGACAAACUAUACUCCUCAUGCCAUUCCUCAGCCCGUCCCCUCGUACCUGCCUCCGCAGGACCCCAACCACCCCGACCUCAGCGUGGGUUUUACCCAGUCGCACACGAUCCGGAUGGCCCAGGACAGCCGCUACCGCCGUGAGCCCUCGCGCUCUCCGUCACCUGGCUUCGACAACAGUAUGCGCUACAACUUUGGCAGUGGGACCGACGUCGAAAAGGCGCUGCUGUCGGACAUCGACCGCGACGACCUCCUGUACGGUACACACACUGGACCCACUACUCCCGCUCCCCCACGCUCCCUCUCUUACAUGGCAACGGGUGAGGUUGUCGACACCAACGGCGACCUUUCUCUUCACGGCUUAGGCCAAUUGCUUCCCGACCGCUCGUCCAUCUACAAGGCCCCUCUCGACGGCUUCGAGUCGGUACCGCUUGUCGAGGGGGAGGAAGAUCCCGACACAACCCAACACUUUGGACCUGCACCGGAGGGCAGAGUAGGCCGACGUACGCACAAUGCGAUCCGCAAGCGAAUCAAGCAGCGCCUCACACUCGGCGACUCGGACAUGCUCUCGGUUGAGAUGGCGAUCCCGAGUCGCCUCGCUCAGUUCCUGCCGGUCAAGGGCGUCGAGGAGCAGAAGACAACUCGCUACACUGCCGUCACGACGGACCCUGAUGGGUUUGCGGCUUCGGGAAUCCGACUACGCCAGAACAUGUUCGUCCCACCCCGUGAAACCGAACUCUUCGUCGUUAUCACCAUGUACAACGAGGACGCAAACCUCUUCUGCCGCACGUUGUACGGCGUCAUGAAGAACAUCGCACACAUGUGCGGCCGCAAGAACUCGCGCGUCUGGGGUCCCAACGGCUGGAAGAAGAUCGUGGUGUGCAUCGUCGCCGACGGCCGAAAGAACGUUAACCCUCGCGUUCUCGACUGUCUUGCAGCUCUGGGUGUCUACCAGGAAGGUGCCAUGACCAACAUGGUCAAGGAGAAGCCCGUCACCGCUCACGUAUUCGAGUACACCACCAGCUUUGCGUUGGACCCUGAUCUCCACUUCAAGUACCCGGACAAGGGAAUCGUGCCGUGCCAGAUCAUCUUCUGCAUGAAGGAGAAGAACGCCAAGAAGAUCAACUCGCACCGUUGGUUCUUCAACGCGUUCGGCCCGCUGCUCCAGCCUAAUGUCUGCAUCCUGCUCGACGUCGGUACGAUGCCCGGUCCCAAAUCGCUGUAUCAUCUCUGGAAGUCGUUUGACCGUCACUCGAACGUUGGCGGCGCGUGUGGGGAGAUCGCCACAUUCAAGGGCCGGAGCUGGCUCGGUCUGCUGAACCCCCUUGUCGCGGCCCAGUGCUUCGAGUACAAAAUGUCCAACAUUCUUGACAAGCCCAUGGAGAGUCUGUUUGGCUACUGUGCGGUGCUUCCAGGUGCCUUCUCGGCCUAUCGGUACAUAGCGUUGCAGAACGACGAGUUCGGUCGCGGUCCCCUUGCGUCAUACUUUGCUGGAGAGAGCAUUCACAGCGGUAACGCCGACUCGUUCACCGGUAACAUGUACCUCGCCGAGGACCGUGUGCUCUGCUUCGAGAUUGUUGCCAAGCCGAAUAACAACUGGGUUUUGAAGUAUGUCAAGUCGGCCGUUGGCGAGACCGACUGCCCCGACACCAUCCCCGAGUUCAUUGGUCAGCGUCGACGUUGGCUCAACGGCUCGUUCUUCGCGGCCGUCUACGCGCUCAUCAACUUCCGCCAGGUGUGGCGCUCCGACCACACUUUCAUCCGCAAGAGCAUGUUCAUGGUCGAGUGGUUCUACAACGGCCUCAACUUAGUCUUUGGCUGGUUCUCGUUAGCCAACUUCUACAUCUUCUUCGUCAUUCUUACCAACGCGCUCAAUGGACCCGAGUUCAAGAUCAAGGGAAUCAGAGUGUUGAACGACAUCCUCCAGUACAUAUACCUCGGCACGGUCAUAUCCUGCUUUAUCUUCGGUAUGGGCAAUCGCCCACAGGGUGCUCCACUCAAGUACAAGGUUGCGAUCUACAUCUUCGCGAUCCUCACGUUCUACAUGCUGGUCUGCGGUGUCUUAUGUAUCGUCGAGGCCGUGCGACAGAUGGACUCGCCCAUCUUCCAACGCAUGAUCAUCUCCCUGCUGGCCACGUACGGUAUUUUCAUCGUCUCGAGUAUCCUGGCACUGGACCCGUGGCACAUGUUCACCUGCUUUUUACAGUACAUGCUGUUCCAGCCCACCUACGUCAAUGUGCUCAACAUUUACGCUUUCAGCAACCUGCACGAUCUGUCAUGGGGCACAAAGGGUAGCGACAUGGUCGAGUCGGACCUCGGCGCGGCCAAAGGUGUGGGAAAGGACGUUGAAGUCCACCUCGUCUCAAGUCAGCACGACAUCGACAACGCGUACCAGGAUGCUCUGGACAACAUCCGGGUUAAGAGGGCGCGCGUCGACGCCGACGAGAUGCCGCACAAGUCAGACGCAAAGGAGCAGAAGCAGAAGGACACAUACGCCAACUUCCGCACCAACCUCCUCCUAUUCUGGUCAUUGACGAACGCGUUACUCGCCGGGAUGAUUCUCUCAGGCGACCCCGUUGACGCGUUCUCGGGCGGCGGCACGAACAAGCAGGCCGUGUACAUGCUUGUCAUCCUCGUGUUUGUGGCCGGCAUGGCGGCGUUCCGCUUCACCUGUGCUACGCUGUACCUCAUCAUCCGCCUCUUUGUUGGAUAG